AUGUCUGAACCACAGAAUAAUAAGCCUUCUUACAACAUGCGCAAAGGUCCAGCGUACGAACAUGGAAACGCAAACCCCAGGCCUGGCGGUGGUACAGCCUAUUACAGCUGGGACACGAGGCGAACUCCUCCCGGCACUUGCAGAACAACCGACGAAAUCAUAAUAUUUUAUGUAUCGAUCUUGCAGUCAAUCACGAACUAUCCGGCAUUACUUGAUGAUACUUUGUUAAUGGAAAUACAAGAGCAGCUCGAGGGAGCGAAGUCGCGAUUAGCUUGCAUUUAUGACAGGUCAAACAAUGCGUCUCCCACGAUGCACGCAGAGCUUAAGCGUCAGAAGCUAUUCAUCGGGGCAGACAGGUCGUGUGUUCAGAUGAAGAAGUUGGUGAUAGAGGGAGGACACAACUUGGAUGCCGAGGAAGAUCGAUUGCUGAACAGGGUGAUGCACGCGAGGAUGGAAAUUCGCGCAUUGCAGACUAGACUUCUUUUGCUCGAGCUACAGGGGAACAACUAG